AUGUAUAACUGCAAACCAGAUUGCUUUACAAACUAAGCCAGUUUUCCUUACUCAUUUAAUAAAUAACUCUAGAAAAUAAAGUAAACCCUUUUAAGUAAUGAGUAUUGUGGUUAGCCUUUUUUAGGAAAUCUCAAAGAAUAAACAUGUAACUUUUUAUAGUUAUAAUAUAGGUUUCACUCCAUUUAGUCUUAACCUAUUUGAUAUCUAUUUUAAUGAGUUUUUCAAAUAUUAUCUGGACAAUAUCGAUUACUUUACAAUAGUGAAAUAUUUAGGAAGUAGUGAAGCAUUAGUAUAUAAUUAUUAGCAAUCUAUAUUUUGGAAAAUUUUAUUUUUAGUCUAUACUAAGUAAUUUUGUAAGUUGUUGGAAUUGCAUUUAAUUGAUGACAAUAGGAAGACUGAUAUUAAAGAGAGUCAAAGCAACAGUUUCAUCUUGCAUUUACAUAACAAUUUUUAAAUGGAUAAUCCUUAUUAAAAAAACUAAUAAUAAGUCAUACUAUUUUGA